CCGCGCGGGAGGAGGCAGGCGGCAGGGCAGCGGCAGGUCUGACCGGAGCGGAUUUGCCGUCCGGAGCCAGGCGACCCGGCAACCAGGACGCCACGGCUCCGCCUGACGCCAUGGCCCAGCCCUACCCCCCGGCCCAGUACCCCCCGCCGCCCCAGAACGGGAUCCCAGCAGAGUACGCACCGCCACAUCCCCACCCCACGCCGGACUACUCGGGGCAAAGCACAGUACCGGAGCACGCCAUGACCCUCUACACACCAGCACAGAGCCACGCCGAGCAGCCGGGCACCGACGCCAGCACACAGUCCAUAGCAGGGACGCAGACGGUACCGCAGCAGACAGACGAAGCGGCACAGACAGACAGCCAACAGCUACACUCCUCAGAGAACACAGACAAGCAGCAGCCCAAGCGGUUACACGUCUCCAACAUCCCCUUUCGGUUCCGGGACCCGGACCUGCGGCAAAUGUUCGGGCAAUUCGGGAAGAUCCUCGAUGUGGAGAUAAUUUUCAAUGAGCGGGGCUCCAAGGGUUUUGGGUUUGUAACUUUUGAAACUAGCACAGAUGCCGACCGGGCGCGGGAGAAGCUGAAUGGCACGAUCGUAGAGGGCCGGAAGAUUGAGGUGAACAACGCCACGGCCCGGGUCAUGACCAACAAGAAGGCUACAAACCCCUACACCAACGGCUGGAAGCUGAACCCGGUGGUGGGAGCCGUCUACGGCCCCGAGUUCUAUGCAGGUAACGUCCGCGGCGGGCAGCGCCGCCGUGCGCCGGCCGCGGCACGGGAUGCCCGCCGGGGAGGCGGGUGCGCGCCGGCGGGAAAGCUGACGUUUGGCUCCCUCUCUGCCGCAGUCACGGGGUUCCCCUACCCGGCCACGGGCACGGCCGUGGCCUACCGAGGGGCCCACUUGCGGGGCCGGGGACGCGCCGUCUACAACACCUUCCGCGCCGCCCCGCCGCCGCCGCCCAUCCCCGCCUACGGCGCGGUCGUGUACCAGGACGGGUUCUACGGAGCCGAGAUCUACGGGGGCUACGCCGCGUACCGAUACGCCCAGCCCGCGGCGGCAGCAGCGGCGUACAGCGACAGCUACGGCAGAGUGUACGCAGCCGCCGACCCGUACCACCACACCAUCGGCCCCGCCGCCACGUACAGCAUCGGCACCAUGGCUAGUCUAUACCGAGGAGGGUACAGCCGCUUCACUCCCUACUAGCAAGACAGACCCAGCCCCUCUCAGUACUAACACUGGCCGCUCACUAGGCACCAAACCCGCCCGGGCGCUAAGCAGAGGCCGAGCCGCCCGCCGACCGAGGGCCGCUGCCCGGCGGGCAGCGCGCGGGGCCGCCGGGACCCCUUCCUCCUCCUCCUCCUCCUCCUCCUCC